UCUUCAUCAUAAUGCAUCCUUUUCUUUCACAUGUCUUUCAGAACUGGUUGAAGUCAUAUGGCUAUCUGCUUCCCUAUGAUUCACGGGCGUCUGCAUUGCACUCAGGGAAGGCCUUACAGUCAGCAGUCUCCACUAUGCAGCAGUUUUAUGGGAUCCCAGUCACCGGUGUGUUGGAUCAGACAACGAUCGAGUGGAUGAAGAAACCCCGAUGUGGUGUCCCCGAUCACCCCCACUUGAGCCGCAGGCGGAGAAACAAGCGCUAUGCCCUGACUGGACAGAAAUGGAGACAAAAGCACAUCACCUACAGCAUUCACAACUACACCCCAAAAGUGGGGGAGCUAGACACACGCAAAGCUAUUCGCCAGGCUUUUGAUGUGUGGCAGAAGGUGACCCCACUGACCUUUGAAGAGGUGCCAUACCAUGAGAUCAAAAGUGAUCGGAAGGAGGCGGAUAUCAUGAUCUUCUUUGCUUCUGGUUUCCACGGUGACAGCUCCCCGUUUGAUGGAGAAGGGGGAUUCCUGGCCCAUGCCUACUUCCCUGGCCCAGGGAUUGGAGGAGAUACUCACUUUGACUCAGACGAGCCGUGGACACUUGGAAAUGCCAAUCAUGAUGGGAACGACCUCUUCCUGGUGGCUGUGCACGAGCUGGGCCAUGCACUAGGGCUGGAGCACUCCAACGACCCCAGCGCCAUCAUGGCCCCCUUCUACCAGUACAUGGAGACGCACAACUUCAAGCUGCCCCAGGAUGAUCUCCAGGGCAUCCAGAAGAUCUACGGACCUCCAGCUGAGCCACUGGAGCCCACAAGGCCACUCCCCACACUCCCCGUCCGUAGGAUCCACUCACCAUCGGAGAGGAAGCAUGAACGCCAGCCCAGGCCCCCUCGGCCACCCCUUGGAGACCGACCAUCCACACCAGGCGCCAAACCGAACAUCUGCGAUGGCAACUUCAACACAGUGGCCCUCUUCCGGGGCGAGAUGUUUGUGUUUAAGGAUCGCUGGUUCUGGCGCCUACGCAAUAAUCGGGUGCAGGAGGGCUACCCCAUGCAGAUAGAACAGUUCUGGAAGGGCCUGCCUGCCCGCAUAGACGCUGCCUAUGAAAGAGCUGAUGGAAGAUUUGUUUUCUUCAAAGGUGACAAGUACUGGGUAUUUAAGGAGGUGACAGUGGAGCCUGGGUACCCCCACAGCCUGGGGGAGCUGGGCAGCUGUCUGCCCCGUGAAGGCAUUGACACGGCUCUACGCUGGGAACCUGUGGGCAAGACCUACUUUUUCAAAGGCGAGCGGUACUGGCGCUACAGUGAGGAGCGGCGGGCCACGGAUCCCGGCUACCCCAAGCCCAUCACCGUGUGGAAGGGCAUCCCACAGGCUCCCCAAGGGGCCUUCAUCAGCAAGGAAGGAUAUUACACCUACUUUUACAAAGGCCGGGACUACUGGAAGUUUGACAACCAGAAACUGAGCGUGGAGCCAGGCUACCCACGCAAUAUCCUGCGUGACUGGAUGGGCUGCAACCAGAAAGAGGUGGAGCGGCGCAAGGAGCGGCGGCUGCCCCAGGAUGACGUGGACAUCAUGGUGACCAUCAAUGACGUGCCGGGCUCUGUGAAUGCUGUGGCCGUGGUCAUCCCCUGCAUCCUGUCCCUCUGCAUCCUGGUGCUGGUCUACACCAUCUUCCAGUUCAAGAACAAGGCAGGCCCUCAGCCUGUCACCUACUAUAAGCGGCCAGUCCAGGAGUGGGUGUGAGCAGCCCAGAGGCCUCUCUGUCCACUUGGUCUGGCCAGCCAGGCCCUUCCUCACCAGGGUCUGAGGGGCAGCUCUGGCCACUGCUCACCAGGGCCAGCAGGGCCCUAGGCUGGGGCCGUACAGCUGAAGUGGUGGGUGCACUGGCCUAAGCUGAGUGUGGGGCAGGGAGUGAUGAGGGCUGUACUGCAGGGUGGGUGUCUGCACCCAGCUGCCAGCCUUCUGUCCUGGAUAAACUACUCUCUACUCAAAGGAACAGGCCAAGUCCCACCAGGAGGCAGGGACCAUGCCAGGAGGAGCCCCGUGGUCACUGCAUCCUGUGGUAUCCAUGUGGCACCAUGGCUCCAUUCCUGGCGGGACCCGAUACCCUCCAUGGGAAGCCAGCACUAGCUCUCAUCCCCAUCUGGGAGAUGCUACCAGUCCCAGUCCCCCUACGCCAACACCUGCUGGUCAGAUGUCCCCCCAUCCCCAUCCUCUAAGGCUACAGGACCCCUGCUACCAACACAGUGGGCAACUCACCUGGGUUUCCCCUGCUGGCAUUCAGCAGAUCCCUCAGGAAACCUGCUCCACUUGUCAGGGUCUCCAGAGACCCAGGAUUUAGGGUCACGUGCUGCAGGCAGGGCUGUGGCCCAGCUGGGUCUGACAAAGACCCAGCUGUCACAUCGUGAAUAUUUAAAUGUCCUGUCACUACUGUUUGAAGUCCCAUUUUGCAAAGGCUGCUUGAGCUGUAGAUGAACUAGAGGUGAAUGUCUUGGUGAUGAGGCCAGUGUGGUGGUCCUCUCCUCCAGGGGAUAAGGAACAAGGUGCUGCUCAGGUCACUCUAGCACCCAGGCACCCCAGCAGCUAGGCCCUGCUCAUGAGACUAAAGAGCGGGGGGCAGAAACUGACUCCAUUUCUGGAGGCCCAUCUGAGUUUGUGACCUUACUCUAUUCCCCCCCCAAUUAUCCCUGUCCCUCUCUACUCUCGUCUCUACCCCUGCUCCAGCUUGUGACUUGUGGCCUGGGGGUUCAGCCUGACUGUGAGGCAGAGAUGGCUCCAGGGCUGAUCCUCUCAUGGCCUUGAAGUCAGGGGCUCAGGGCAGCCUUCUGAAGUGCUCAGUGCUCACAUGCCAGCUACCAUGAGACCAGCUGUUUCUCAGCCAGAAGCAGUGUUUAUACCACGAGUUUGGCCUGUGCUGGCCCAGCUCACUGGGCCCAUCUUCCUGCAUUGCUCUUGGGAGAAGGUUAUCCUCAACUGGUAGCAGUCCCAACUCUAGGGGUCUCCUUUUUUUAUCUCCUCUGGCCCACCAUUCAUGGUCUCUGGCAGGAGUUCCAGGGGUUCAGCUUGCCUUGCUCUAAGCCAGCAGAGGCAGCCAUGCUUGUCACUGAGGAGCCCUAGGCAAGACCAAUGGGUUCAGUGAUGCCUACUGGCUCUCUGCCAAAGCCAAAAAGAGGUGUCAGGCAGUCUUCAGGGUGCUGGCAGGGUCUCAUGUGCCACCCUUGCCCUCUGAGCCUACACGAGCCUCGCUCCCACUCUGUGGCCUCUGGGCUUUGAGUUGGCUUACCCUGUAGCACAGACAGGGACUCCUGCUGCCCUGGGAGCAGUAUUGAGCAAAAUUUCUUGUCCCAGAGGCACCUAUGUGGGUCCACUGUGUCCCCUGUCAUCCUUCUGUUUUCUCAUUUUGGCCA